GACCGCGACUCCCGUGGUGCUCCGCGGCCACUUCCGGGCCGGGCUUGCCGCCGGCCGCCGCUGUCAUGUUGCGCGCCCUGAAGCGCCUGGCCCCGCGGCCCGGGUGCCAGCCCUCGACUGUGCUGGUCCUGCCCGCGCGCGGCCGCAAAACCCGCCACGACCCGCCUGCCAAGUCCAAGGUCGGGCGCGUGAAGAUGCCGCCCGCAGUGGACCCCGCGGAAUUCUUCGUGUUGACCGAGCGCUAUCGGCAGUACCGGCAGACCGUGGGCGCGCUCAGGCAAGAGUUCGCGUCGGAAGUGCGCAGGAAGGCGUAUGAGGCCCGGUCCGGGGUCCUGGCUGAGCGCAGGGUGCGGGAGGCCGCCGAGGAGCACCGGGCGCUCAUGGCCUGGAACCAGGAGGAGAACAGGCGGCUGCAGCAGCUAAGGAUAGCUAGGUUGCAGCUGGAAGCACGGGACCAGGAGCUGCGACGGGCCGAGGACCAGGCCCAGAGGGCCCGGGAAAAACAGGCUUGGGUGCAACUGAAAGAGCAAGAAGUCCUCCAGCUGCAGGAAGAGGCCAAAAACUUCAUCACCCGCGAGAACCUGGAGGCACGGAUAGAAGAAGCGCUGGACUCCCCGAAGAACUACAACUGGGCCAUCACCAGAGAAGGGCAGGUGGUCAGGAACUGAGCACAGAGGCUCCUAAGAAAUCAGAGUAGGGGCAGUGCUUGCCACAGAGCCCCGUGUGCAUCCUAGGGCAGACGGCUGAGCCUUUCCUAGAGCAGCCCCCACCCACCCCAGAUUCUGAGCGAACCACCUGACCGGAAGUUGUUCCGACACUACAUACCAACUCAGGACAGCAUCAGUCUCUGGGAAGUUCCUGUCACACAAAAGAUCAAGCUGGACUACAUCCCCUCUAGCAGCCAAGCUAUCUGCUGAGUCUCACGGAGGACUGUGGACCAAAUGGUCGCUGCUUUUCUAAGUAAAGUUUUACUGUAGCCCCGUCUGGCCUGUUCACUGACUGUCCUGCGGUGCCCUGGGGACAGGAGUAAGCAGUCACCGUAGAGCCUAAACGGCUUGUAAAGCCAAAGGCCUUUGUUGUCUGACUUUUUUGGAGAAUAAGUUUAUUUGUCCCUAACUUUUUGGGUCUUUAGCUGACUAGCCAGAAGCAGCUUUCACCUAACCCAGGCUCUCUCCCUCCCUCCCUCCCUUCCUUCCUUUCUUCCUUCCUUUUUUUCUCCCUAAGACAAAGUCUCUCUCUGGCUGUGCUAGAGUCCCAUAUGUAGACCAGGCUAGCCUCGAACUUAAAAAAAUCCACCUCCCUCUGUCUCCCAAGUGCAGAGAUGAAAGGUGUGUUCCUCAAGCCCAGUUAAGGGUUAAAUUGCUAAAACCUUGAAGUCUAGAACCUGUCAGGGGAACUGGUUAAGAGCCAGUACUGUUCUUCCGGAAGAUCUAAAUUCAGUACCCAGCCGGUCAGCUCACCGCUCCCUGACUCUCCAACUCCAGGGGAUACAAUGCCUCUCGCCUCCACAGGCACAUAGACACAGAAAUAGUAAAAACAGUAGGCAUGGUGGCACGCUCCUGCCAGCACCUUCCACGUGAGUUUAAAGCCAGCCUCACUUAUUUAGCCUUGUGGGGAGUUGAAGAGAUGGCUUAGCGGUUAAGAGCACUGGCUGCUUUUCUAGAGGACCCCGGUUCAAUUCCCAGCACCCACAUGGCAGCUUACAACUGUCUAACUCCAGUUCCAGGGGAUCCGACACCCUCACA